GGCACAUGUCUGACGCAACGCAGUCCCGUGUUUACGUCUCGGGAGAGAGAGGUAGCCAUGGACUCCUCCUUAUAAUUCCUCAAAUAUCUCCCUCGGUUGUAGUAGAUGGUCGACUCCGCGCGGUUGUGGAUGAAGAGCGGUUCCCAGUGAUCCAUUCUAACAUUUAGCAGCAGUGUGAAUUCCUCUGCGUCGCGGGGAGGAACGGACCAACCCACCUCCCUUCGCUCUCUGCUUCGUCGGCGUUCGUGUAAGGGGGAAGAGAGAAAGAGAGAAGAGAGAGAGAGAGAGAACGAAGUUACCACUAUGAAAGCGAGAUCGAGGCACCGGGCGGCGUGGAACAGGUGAACUGGCCUAAUUACCGUCAGUCGCCGGUGAGCGCUUGUCUGGGUAGCACAGGGUCGUCACUCUCUCCCCCUCCUUCCUCCCUCCUUCUUCUCACACAGCUGUUUAUUUAUUGCGAGUGCUUUGGCGUGAGAUAAAUUAAGGGAAAAACAAUAGAAACAAUAGAAAACUUGAAAGGAUAAAGAGGAGAGAAGACGCAAGGUAGAAGGAAAAGAAGAAACGGACGAUUUUUUACAUUUUGGAUUCUCUUCGGUGGCAUGUGUGCAUGAAUUCGUCCCGUCGGGAUUCUAUGGAGAAAACUUUGGAUGAAUCGAAAUUCUGAGACGCUGGAUAUAAAGGAAAAUAAAUCAAGAUGUGUUCGGCGGAUUUCGGGAUGUUAGACCUCCUGUUCGACAAGGAUGAUCCUGCUGUCAAAGGCAUGGAUGGCUUCAGAAACACGAUGUUCAGCAGCACAGACAAGUUAUCCGACUGUUCGGAUAUCAAGGAGGAGGUGCUGGAGUCGGGCACGAUUGACUGGAAAAUG